UUUCUGUCCAAUUGGCUUGCCUGGUUCUCUCGAAUUGAGACCUAUUCUUCACUUGGCACGUCUCGGGUUCCGCCAGCAGCCGUGUCCGACCCCGUGGCAGGAUGCGUGUUGCGACCGUACACUUUGGUUUGCGGUCAGUCCCCCCUUUUCGAUCUGUGGCCGCUUUGGUUGGCUCGACGACUGAUACUCCUGCCCUUUCAUUUACCUCGACUGUUUGGCAGGCACCUCUCGGGACACUUCUUUCCCUUCACCGACGUGGAUGAAAUAUAA